AUGGUUCGUUCUUUAGUUUCCCGUAUAAUUUUCGCACAAUCUGGAUACUGCAGAUGCUUCGUUCAUGGAUUUAUGCCAUGGAGCACGAUGAAAGAGAAUCAGAGCCGGACAGGGACCGUACAGUUACAAACGGUGCAGAGGUUGGUCUCGUGAAGGUCACCCUAACAACCACAGAAUCGUUUAGGAAACGACGGCUGAUGAUCACAAAGCUAUCAUUGAGAAUCAAGAAAAUUUUCAGCAACGGCCCACAGGAACUGCUGUGUUAACGGACUUUCUGCAUGACAAGCUUCGGUUCGAAUAUAAAUACCUUAGAUAUUGUAUUAGAAGUCCACUUUUAUAUGAAGGGCAUCUUUAAUAGAAGGGCAUCGAGUAUAGCGCGCUUGAUCCGUUUUCAGUCGAUAUUCGUACGAUCUUCGAGUGGUACUGGGAUCGGAAAAGAGACGUUUCAAGUCUAGAGAAUUCUCUGUCUCGAAUUUCCUGAAAACGAGUGUUUUCGAAAAAAUGUAUUGUGCGAAAUUGAGAGAGCGUUAACUCUAGAGAACUAGUACAUUGGAAAAUAAAUAGAAGGGAAUGCACUUCUAGUACGGUAUUUACGGUAACUAGUGAAGAAUAUAUCUUAUUUUUCAUUCCUUUUCAGAUGGAUCAUUUACUUUUACGUUCAACAAAACUCGUCUUUUUUCUAUUACUGGACGUGUGUCGUUGCUGCAGGAAUACUUUAUAAUAUGUUCGCAAUGGUAAUAUUCAUAUUCGACGAUGUACAACAGGGAUAUUUUACUCUUUGGUUAUGCUUGAACAUAUUUUUUGAUAUAUGCUUCGCACUGGACUGUUUAGUAGGAGCGAGAAUGAGUGAGUUGUUAUUUAAUAUUAAGAAGAGGCUUAGGAACCAGAGAUCUUCGCAAGACAAAAUUAUUGAUCGCGGAUACGCAACACGAGUCUUAAACACCCCCGAAAACCUAUCAUAAUUAUCGAAGAUACAAAAAUUUUGAGGGGCGCGCGAAAUUUUUGAGAGCCAGGUUUACUUCUUUACUUUUGAACGCAGAAUUCUCGGAUCUGUGGUACUAAUAAUAUUGAAUGAGAAUCGUUUCUCGCGCAAUCGUAUACUUACAUGAUGAGUUUAAUUGCAGCUUUUGUGAGCGAAGGCAACGAAAUUAGACAAACUACAAGAACUUUCAAAAAUUAUCGUCAGAGUCGUAGAUUCAAGAUGGAUCUACUAUGUCUUGCACCAAUAGAUUUAUUAUUGUUUCUAUAUGCGAAUAUUUCAUUAAUAAGGGCAAUACGAAUGAUAAAAGGUGCAUACAGUAAGCAACUGUAUUAGUAAAAACAGUAACACUUUCAGCAUACCGUCUCUAUGAGUUUGUUAUUUUAACACAAAGAAGGACUGACUACCCUCACUUCAUGAAAAUUUUGUUUUUAACAACGUCUUGUGCGGUUCUUUUCCACUGGAAUGCAUGUGUUUACUUUCUUUUCUCUUUAUUCGAAGGGCUUUCCGAAGACGACACAAACGCAUUCGGAUUCUCAUACUAUAAGGUUUUCGAUCCGAGGUUUCCUACUUGUGAUGUAAGUUCACAACACAUUUGUGACUAUUAUAGAAAUGGCGCUCUGUUGAGAAUCUCUUUUUGCAGUGCAAAUUGAGAGACCUCGGGGCCGAGUUUGAAAAGUUAGGCCACGUUUUCAGUGGAAAAUUACUUCGCGGCCUAGAAAUUCUGCCAGAUUGCGAACAGCGCGCCCUUUCUAUCCGGUGCCCCUAUAAUAGGAGUUAAUUACACUUCAGACGUAUUUUGACAAAAACUGUUGGUUUCCGGAAAACGCGGAAGGUGUAUUAGAUCUGAGAGAAGAGAGGCCAAAGUACAUGCAGCAGAUGUAUCAAUAUUGGGAAAACAAGUAAGCUAAUUCGAAAUUCUCUGGAAAACGGAUUGCGAUUUGAUUAAGACACGUUCUCUGGAGAUGUGUAAACUAACAUUCGCAAAAACAGUCCUGAUGAAAAUAAACCAUGUAGCAUGAGCUCUUUUUCGAGUGAUGAAGCAGAAAAACGUAUUUUCUUGGAGCGUAGAGGAAAGAAAAUGAAAUUUUAUCGCUGAUGCGAAUAAAGAAAAUCCGAUCCACAUAUCUCGGUACCAGAUGAUCCGAUCGGGCUGAAACUUCGUCCCAGUAUGCUUGAACCCAUGUCCAAGAAGCCUGCAAAGUUUCAGUCCGAUCGGAAUAUUGCAAGUGGUUCAAAGGUCCACGUCAAGGGUCGGCCAACGACUCUGGAAACUCGAUUGGAAUCUAAUUGAAGAGUUUGCAAUCUAAUAAGAAAAAGCUCUAUUUCGCAAUCUAAUCAGAUUUAAUUGAAGUUCCAGUAAAAUCGUAUUAGAUUAAAAUUUAUUUUUCCUGAAUUGCAAACUAAUAAGAAAAAAUUGCAAACUAAUUAAAAAACAUUGCAAUCUAAUUAGAAAACAUUGCAAUCUAAUUAGAAAAAUUACAGUGAUUGCAAUCUAAUUAGAAGAUUUUGCAAUCUAAUUGAAGCAAAUUCUAUUUCAAACGAGUUCGUAUUAGAUUGCAAAGUUUUAUAAUUAGAUUGCGAUCGAGUUCCCAGAGGAAAAGCCCGUGCCAGCCAAUUGCCCAGCCCUGAAAGCAGCAAUCAAUUUAUAAGAAUUACUCUUUUAUUAAUGAGAAUUAUAAGUUCCAGAUACACUCUGUUGUCAAUGGGAAAUUUUUCUCGUGAAUACAGUAUGACCAUUUAUUGGUCAUCACUAACAAUAACAAAGUGUGGUCAACAACCGUGGCCUUCUACUAGUCCUCAAAAUGCAUUGGAAAUAUUCGACACACUCAUUGGAGUUCUUGUGUUCGCAACAAUUAUCGGAAGUGUGUUUUGAGUACUGCUUGAGAAUAGCGCUUUUUAAAUUUACCAUUCGGUACCUAAUUAUAAUGAAUUCAACCGAAUUCGGUUGAAUUACUUAUAUUUCACAAAUUCAGGCGUCGGCAACGUUGUCACCCAAAUGAGCAAAAAUGUGAAUGACUUCCGAGAAAUGAUGGAUGGUAUUAAGUUUUACAUGAAAUACAGGUCAGCAAUGGACCGAUAUGAAGGCAUCUCAAAAUUAAUUCUGGCAAUGUCGCUCUACAGCAAUCCCACGUUAAAUCUCGACCGCGGCCGCGACCUCUUCCAAUUUAGAAUUGAAUUCACGUGGAGAGCGGCAGAGCGCAAUUGGCAGACUUCUGCGGAUGCAAUAAUUCUCAAUGACUUUUAUUGACUUCUCAGGUAAAUCGUUUGUAAUCUAGCUAUAGCUAAUUCGCGUUUCUAACCGGACCUAAUUAGAUUGCUAAUUUACUGCAAUUAGAUUGCAAACUCUUCUAACUGGGCUGAUAAAUUUUCUAAUUAGAUUGGCGAAGCUAAUUAGAUUGCAAAAACACUGAUAUUAGAUUCAAAAUUUAUGUAAUUAGAUUAAAAUUUAGGGCAAACCUAUUAUAGGGGCACCGGAUAGAAAGGGCGCGUUGUUCGCAAUCUGGCCGAAUUUCUAGGCGGCGAAGUAAUUUUCCACUGAAAACGUGGCCUAACUUUUCAAACACGGCCCCGAGGACGCUCAAUUUGCACUGCAAAAAGAGUUUCUCAACAGAGCACCAUUUCUGUGCGGUGCCCCUAUAAUAGCUAGAUUAUGUUUAGAUUGCAAAAUCAGCUAGCUAGAGAGGGAGACUAGGUCCGGUUAGAAACGAGAAUUAGCUAGUUAGAUUAGAAACGAUUUGCCUGAGUUUUUCAACUUAAUGAAUUCUCUACUCAAAGACUUCUCAUUGCGAACUAUCAGUUUGUAUCUUAUUUUAUCCGUUUUUUAAAUAUAAGAUAUCUACAUUUUUGUCAUGUAAGGAAUGAACCUAACUACUGAGUAUUUAAUUUUCUGCAAAUGCACCAUAAUAGAUGGUCCACUCUGUGGGAAUAGGUGUCAUUGAGUAAUGUGGAAGUCAGUUAGCAAUAAGGUCAUAGAGCAAAAAAAAGUUGAUAAUCUGGAAGUCAUUGAGUAUUGGCCCAGAGUUAAUUGCUGGGGGAGAUGUUUUCAAAUAAUCUAUUUUCAGAGGAGUUCAAUCUGCAAUACAAGAGCGAGUUCUUAACUGCUUUCUUUAUCUCAACACACAUAAUCAGUUGUACGAUGAAAAAGUGAGUGAAAAUAACCGAGCGACACACACAUUUCGUUAUUAAUGCCGCGUCCAAUGUCUCGGAAAAACUGUAAAAACCGCAGAUUUUUCUGUCCAAAGUCGGCCGAAACUUGCGUGAAAAACGGGGGUGCGCACAGCUCGAAUGUAACCGUACCCCUAAAACUACGAUAUUUUUUGAAAAUUUGCGCACGAAAUUUGAAUAUUUUCAAAUAUCCUCAAGAAAUUAACAAAUUUUCAAAAAAUACCGUAGUUUUAGGGGUACGGUUACAUUCAUUGAGCUGUGCGCACCCCCGUUUUUCACGCAAAUUUCGGCCGACUUUGGACAGAAAAAUCUGCAGUUUUUACAGUUCUUCCGAGACAUUGGACGCGGCAUAAUCUAUUAUAGGGGCACCGGACAGAAAGAACGCGCUGUUAGCAAUCUGGCCGAAUUUCUAGACCACGAAGUAAUUUUCCACUGAAAACGUGGCUUAACUUUUCAAACUCGGCCCCGAGGUCGCUCAAUUUGCACUGCAAAAAGAGUUUCUCAACAGAGCGUCAUUUCUGUGCGGUGCCCCUAUAAUAACGGCGGCCUAAUAAGAUUGAUAUGACACCUAAUUAGAUUAAUAAAUUGUCUAGUUAGAUUAAUCAAUCUUCUAGCUAGAUUAAUAAGUGCUCAAAUCAAGUUUCACGCCAACCGUCUGCUGGCUCAAAUCUCGACUGCGCCAAGAAAAAACAGUCGAAUCUAUUAUAGGGGCACAGAACAGAAAUGGCGCUCUGUUGAGAAACUCUUUUUGCAGUGCAAAUUGAGCGACCUCGGGGACGAGUUUGAAAAAUUAGGCCACAUUUUCAGUGGAAAAUUACUUCGCGGCCUAGAAAUUCGGCCAGAUUGCGAACAGCGCGCCCUUUCUGUCCGGUGCCCCUAUAAUAAUUAGGUCGCGUUUAGAUGCAGUAACUUUCUAAUUAGAUUAAUAUCGAAUUGCCAGGCAAUGCGAAGAGGGGGCAGCGGUCACAAAUAAAGCAGCAACAAGUCCGUUGGUAUCAGGCUUGUACUUUUCUAUUUUUCAGGAAAUAAUUUCUGUUUUACCACCACGCUUCCAAGCUAGCAUAGCAGCAAACUUGCACGCGGAAACGUUGAGUAAAGUGGCGUUGUUCCACAAAUGUGAUCCUCGACUCUUACAAGAAGUUGUCAUGUUAGUAAAACAACAAGUUUAUUCCCCAAACGAUUAUUUAUGCCGGAAAAACGAAAAAGCAAAAGAAAUGUUCAUAGUUAAAAAAGGAAAACUUAGUGUCAUCGAUGACGACCGCGAAGUAUUAGUGGAUACGCUUGGCGAAGGAUCAACGUUUGGCGAACUGUCGAUUGUUCAUGUAAAAGGAAAUUUGUUAGGGGAUCGUAGAAGUGUGUCGUUGAGAAGUGUGGGAUACUCAGAUGUGUACAUUCUCCAUCAAGACGAUGUCACUAGAUUACUCCAAGAGUAUCCAGAUGAAAGAUUACGACUGUUAGAAAAUGGUAAAAAAGACGUUCGACUUGCUGAAAACUUAUCUGUUUAUAGCUCGUCGAACGCUGCAUUCUAGAGGGCUUCUGCAGACCACUGGAUUAGGAGAAAUGUUAAGCGAGAGUACCGAUGAUUUUGAAGAGGACGGAGUGGUGUGAAAAGUAUUUAUGCAUUUACACAAUAUGAAUUGCAGCUCGAUUUAUUAUCGGUUGAUGAACAAUUGAUCAGGCUUGAUAGCAUCAUUCUCAAUAUUGAUCAUGAACUAGGACAGAUGAUUCAGUCUUUCACGGUAUGUGUGUUCAUUAACCAGAGCCGGAUAAGAAUGAUGCGAAUGAUGAUUGCAGCACACCAGUGGAUUCUUCAAGAAACGCGUCACUUGUUUGGAAGAAACAUUCAAUUUCAACAAGAAACGGAUUCGCAACGAUUUGUACAAUGGCAUUCUAAAAACUGACUAUCAACAACAAAUGUUCCUAUAA